UUCAAGCACCAUAAGUCUCACUUGCCAGCUCCAGAACCAUGGCAACAGAAGAAAAGAAGCCAGAUGCAGAAUCCACCAAAACACAAUCUACUCCUUCGUCCUCGACCAAUCAGAGCAAGCCUGCACCACUAAAACCAAACUAUGCUCUAAAGUUCACGUUAGCAGGACACACAAAAGCUGUCUCCUCAGUAAAGUUCAGUCCUAAUGGGGAGUGGCUCGCCAGCUCCUCUGCUGACAAGCUCAUUAAAAUUUGGGGAGCAUAUGAUGGCAAGUUUGAAAAAACAGUAUCUGGUCAUAAACUGGGUAUCUCUGAUGUUGCUUGGUCAUCAGAUUCCAACCUCCUUGUCUCUGCCUCUGAUGACAAAACUCUCAAAAUAUGGGAUGUAAGCUCGGGUAAGUGCUUGAAGACAUUGAAAGGGCACAGUAACUACGUUUUCUGCUGCAACUUCAACCCUCAGUCAAACCUCAUUGUCUCUGGAUCAUUUGACGAAAGCGUGAGGAUAUGGGAUGUGAAAACAGGGAAGUGCCUCAAGACGUUGCCUGCUCACUCUGACCCAGUUUCAGCUGUGCAUUUUAAUCGGGAUGGAUCCCUGAUAGUGUCAAGUAGCUAUGAUGGACUCUGUCGAAUCUGGGAUACAGCAUCAGGCCAGUGCUUGAAAACACUGAUUGAUGAUGAUAACCCUCCUGUGUCUUUUGUGAAAUUCUCACCAAAUGGCAAAUACAUAUUAGCUGCAACUUUGGACAACACUCUUAAACUUUGGGACUACAGCAAAGGAAAGUGCCUGAAGACCUACACAGGACACAAAAAUGAGAAGUAUUGCAUAUUUGCUAAUUUCUCUGUUACUGGUGGAAAGUGGAUUGUGUCUGGUUCAGAAGACAACCUGGUUUAUAUUUGGAACCUUCAGACAAAAGAGAUUGUACAGAAAUUACAAGGACACACAGAUGUGGUAAUCUCCACAGCUUGUCACCCGACAGAAAACAUCAUCGCAUCAGCGGCACUAGAAAACGACAAAACAAUCAAACUGUGGAAGAGUGACUGUUAAAAACCUUCUGGGAUCACUUCAGAGACUGUCAGGAAAAAUAUGUUUUUAAAAAAAAUGAUAAAAGAGAAAAAAAUAACAACAACAACAACAACAAAAAUCCCAACCAACCAACCAAACAAAAAAAACCCCAAACCACCCUCCCCAAAAUUCCCCCAAGAUGAGAAUAAUAAAUCCACUUUAGCAGGAAACCUGAAGAACGUUUGGUAAAGUGGUUUCUUGUUAGUCUUAGCCCAAAGGAAACAGCUUAAAAACUGGGCAGUGUGGUGGGAAAAAAAAAAAAACCACACAACAAAAACACAGCAAAAAAGCAAAAAAAAAAAGAAAUAAAAAUGCGGUGUCUCCUUUUUUUCCUUGCCUAAUCUUUUUGGCAGACAAAUGGAUCCUUCUGACAUCGCCUUGGAAGUGUCAGCUUUGGUUUGGACACCUCCCUCCCUCCCCCCCAGACAGAGAUACUGUAUUGUAAUGGUGACAUUUCCUACUUCUGAGUGCUGGAGUUGCUUGAAGGAAGAGCUGCCAGCCUGCUUUGUUCCAGUGACUUCAGUUGCCAGCCUAGAGGUGUGUGGAAGUUUUGGUUUUGUUGGUUUAUUAUUUUAAUUUUUUAAUUUUUUUUUUUACAUGGCUGUUUUAUUUCUAAUUUUUGGGGGGGGUUUAAUAUUAUUAUUUCCCUCCCUUCCCCCAGAAUAUAGAUCCUAGUUCUCUUGGGAAGUUUUUGUAUUGUUUUCAACUAGGAGUACUGCAUCUUUUUGAAGGGUGCUUCAUUUCAAACACUCAGCUCAAACUUUGUGACCAAAUAAAACCAUAAAGUUCCAGAUUCUUUCCCCCCCCUCCUUUUUUCCUGCCCCCUCCUUCCCUCCUGACUUGAUUCCUGUGGUGAAAUCUCCUCUUGUAUAGUUGCUGACCUCUUGUUACGUGUGUUUAUAGAUGCUGUUCUAGAGCAAAGUUACAAAAAGUUCUUCUGUUAACCAUUAAAAUGAAUCCUGCUUGUAGUUGUUCUUGGCAUAUCUUGAAUUAUUUUUCCUUUUUUUUUUUCCUCUCUUCUGGUUCUAAAGCAAACUCACCCAACAAUGUACAUUGAAAUAAAUGUAAAAAAGGAAACAAACAAUCCAACCCCUAACCUCCCCAGACUUUUUGUAUCUUGGAAAUCCAUCGUUCUGAAGCUGUAUUGAUGAUGGCAUGACUGUAUCUAUCUCAGCCUUUGGUAUCUCCUUCCCUUUUUGUCAUACCCAUGUGGUAUUCACAGCUCCAAAAAUACCAUAUGCCAUAAUAAAGA